UUCAAACUGUCAAACUCAUAGACAACUGAAGCUAAAUCAACAACACAUCAACAACUUGAUCCGGUAUGACUUGUUGCAAUUAAUUUUGCAAGUGGAAUAAAUAAAGUUAGAGUGAGACUGUUUUUUUACUUAACAACGAAAUGAGUCGCAGAAGGGCACAUGAUGAGGAAGACGGAUAUGACCGGGUAUAUCGAAAAAGACGAAGGGUAUCUGAAAACCAGGAAAUUGAAGACAGAUUGGAAUCCCUUAUACUUAGGGUUGGAGAGAAAAGCACAUCAUCCUUGGAGUCCAAUUUAGAAGGGUUGGCUGGAGUACUGGAGGCUGACUUACAAUCUUUCCGAAUAAAAAUUCUCAGGAUCCUCACGGAUUGUGCAAUUCGUAUGCCGGAAAAAUGUACUAUAUACACGACUCUUGUAGGGUUGCUCAACGCUAAAAAUUUUAAUUUUGGUGGAGAAUUUGUUGAGUACAUGGUUCGCACAUUCAAAGAAUCUUUGAAGCUCUGUAAAUGGGAUGCGGCCAGGUAUUCUUUGAGGUUUCUUGCUGAUUUGGUGAACUGUCAUGUUAUCUCUGCAACUUCACUUUUACAAUUAUUGGACAAUAUGAUGGACUGUGCUAAUGAGGAGAACGUGCCUAGGGUUCGCAGAGACUGGUACUGUUUUGCAGUGUUGAGUACAUUACCUUGGGUUGGUAGAGAAUUGUAUGAGAAAAAGGAGCAAGCUUUGGAACAUCUCCUAGUACAAAUUGAAGUAUUCCUGAAUAAACGUAAUAAGAAGCACCAUAAUGCCUUACGAGUUUGGGCAGUAGAUGUGCCUCAUCCACAGGAAGAAUACCUCGAUUGUCUUUGGUCCCAAAUAAAGAAGUUGCGUCAAGAUAAUUGGCAGGAAAAGCAUAUUCCAAGACCGUACUUAGCUUUCGAUUCUACUUUAUGUGAAGCUUUGCAACACAAUUUGCCUUCUAUUGUACCCCCUCCACAUCAGGAUACUUUUGAAUAUCCUAUGCCAUGGGUAGUUUUCAGAUUAUUUGACUACACUGACUGUCCAGAAGGACCAAUUUUGCCUGGAGCUCAUUCCAUCGAACGAUUUCUUAUAGAAGAACAUUUACACUCUAUCAUCGAAAUGUACCAUUUGGAACGAAAGGAUUGUGCAGCCCAUAUUCUCGACUUCCCCUACAAAUUGAAGAUACCUCUUGAGUACUGCAUUGUAGAAGUGAUAUUUGCGGAACUUUUCAACAUGCCAACUCCUCGAUACAUAGAAAUAUGUUAUGGUUCGAUACUAAUCGAACUUUGUAAAUUGCAACCGGCAACUAUGCCACAAGUACUGGCUCAAGCUACCGAGAUGCUAUUCAUGAGAAUUGAUACCAUGAAUGUUUCCGCUUUCGAUAGAUUCGUUAACUGGUUUUCGUAUCAUUUGAGUAAUUUCCAGUAUAGGUGGACCUGGGAGGACUGGGAUUCUUGUCUUAGUUUAGAUCCUGAACACCCAAAACCGAAAUUUAUCAGAGAAGUGAUGCUCAAGUGCAUGAGAUUGUCCUACUGGCAACGUAUAAGGGAAAUUUUGCCUGACUCAUUCAGCUGCUUCAUUCCAGAAAAGCCGGAACCAUACUACAAGUAUUCCCAGGAAGGCGCUGCAUCCCUUCCUGGAACUGCAACAGCCCAUCAGUUGGUAGUUUCGAUAAGACAAAAGUGCACCCCGGAGGAAGUACUAGGUGUCUUGAAAGAUUUACCGAAUCCUCGAUCUGAAGAGGAGGCAGAUAGCCGAUUCAACCCUCUGAAGAUAGAUGUUUUCGUUCAGACUUUGUUGAAUUUGGGCUCGAAGAGUUUCUCCCACAGCUUUGCUGCGAUUUCGAAGUUUCACUAUGUGUUUAAGAUUCUAGCAGAGUCCGAAGAGGCCCAAAUAUGUAUAUUACGGAAUAUGAUCGAAUUGUGGAGGAAUCAUCAACAAAUGAUGAUUGUUCUGGUAGAUAAGAUGUUAAAAACGCAAAUUAUCGAAUGCUCAGCUGUAGCGAAUUGGAUAUUUUCCAAAGAUAUGAUUCCCGAAUUCACCAAAUCUUAUAUAUGGGAAAUUCUUCACAUCACAAUCAAAAAAAUGAACAAGCAUGUAACAAAGCUCACUGCAGAACUGAGCGAAGCUAGAGAAAAGUUGGCUAGAGAAGAACAUAGCGACAGCGAAAGCGAGGAAGAUGAAGAGGGAAAGAAGAAGGUGGAAGAUUCUGAAAAACCAACAGAGGAGAUGGUGGAGAGAAUGGAGGAAAAACUUGAGGCUGCGCAAGCAGAUCAGAAAAAUCUUUUCUUGAUUAUUUUCCAAAGAUUCAUAAUGAUCCUGUCGGAGCAUUUAGUUAAGUGUGAUACUGAUGGAAAAGACUAUAAUACACAUUGGUAUAAGUGGACCAUUGGAAGACUGCAGCAAGUGUUCUUAGCACACCAUGAACAAGUACAGAAAUAUAGUUCUACCCUAGAAACUUUACUCUUCACUCAAGAUCUGGAGCCUCAUAUCCUCGAAGUUUUCCAUCAGUUUGUUUCAUUAAGAGGUUGAAAAACCAUACCUUUUACAUAAUUGUAAUUAAACAUGUUAAGGAUUUCAAAAUAUGAAUAAAGUUAUUUCGUGAA